CGGACCGGGCCACAGUGGAGAGGACAUGAAGCUGCAGAGACGCAACAUCAACAUGCUGCUGGUAUUGUGCAUUGCAUUGUGGGUCGCCUCCUCAGGAGAACCAGCUCCUCCUCCUCUCUGUAACUCCACCCUGGUGUUCUCCUCUGUGAUCUCCUCCCCAUCAGCAGGAAGCGGAAACAUCCACCUUCGGUCUCUGUCGCCGUGGACCUGGAGAACCACGACAGUAAAGAACCGGAUCCCUGAAACCAUCUGGGAGGCCGAAUGCAGCAGCGAGUUCUGUGUCUCUCCCAAACCAGGACAGGCAGGGAGUCACAAUCUGAACUCGGUCCCCGUCUACCAGAGCGUACUGGUCCUGACUCGGAUGAAGGGGAGUCGCUGCUACGCCGCCUCAUAUAAGUCUGUGGCAGUUGGCUGCACCUGUGUCCGAGCCUCUGUUGACACGAACUGAUUCAAUUCAGCAAACAGAACCACUGAAUUUUGCCCAAAACGAUUUUGAUACUAUAUUUAACCAUAAAGUUCAAUCUGAGGACAUGCAGCUGAGAAACCAAAUUACUGCCAAGAACCUUGAAAACAUCCAAAUUAAAGUUUAGUUUUGAUCCAGUUUCCUGUUGUCAUAUUGCCUGUAUAAAAAGCUCCUCAGAGGUUCUUUGGGUUCUUCUGAGUUUCCUACAAACAUGUGUCUCUGAAGCUGGACUCCAAUCAGAUGGUUUUGCUCAACAUCGGGUUCUGAACAGUUUCAUUAGUAGUUUGGGUUACAGGAAGUCCGUUCUAGAAGAUGCUAACCAGGCUUUGGAUCCAUUUGCUGUAAAGCUUUCAGUCUAAACCACAUGAUGUUUACAUCCUGAAACAAACAGGAUCUUUAUCAUUUCCACUUGAAAUAAAGAAGCUCAGCUGAUCUGGGCUGAAGUUUGGUUUACGAUCUGCUUUAUUUUCUCUCUAUUUAAUUAUAUAAUCAUUUAUUUAAAUGUAUACGGUUUGAAAUUAUUUACAACAUGAUUUGUCUCACUUUUAAUAAAACUGUUU